AUGGACCUGCCUUGGCCGGCCUUCCGCUGGGCCCUGCAGUCGCCCGCCGCGCCCUGUCUCCUCCUGGCUGCCGGGACCGCCGUCUACGGAGCCGGCUGGCCGCUGGCCUGGGUCGCUCUGAUCGUCGCCGUGCUGCUAGCCCUGCUCUACCUGGCUUGCCGCCAGGUGUUCGCCGGGUACGUGAAACAGCAGCUGGAGGCGGACAUGGCGGACAUUGAGGGGACGUACAUGGGGAGGACGGGGGCGGGGUUCUGGGUGGAGGAGGAGGAGGGGGGAGGCGGUGGGCUGCGGGGGAUGGUGGCGGCGGAGGAGGCCGAGGGACAGCCGGGCUGCUGCCAGCUCCUCCGCCUCUCGGUCGACCGGCGAUGCCGAGGCCUGGGCCUGGGCGGCAGACUGACCCGCCGGGUGCUGGAGUUCGCCCGGGACAGCGGCUACCGAGAGUGCGUCCUGUACACCUCCACUCCCCAGCAGCCCGCCAUCAGGCUCUACCUAGCCAGGGCUUUCGGGUGA